GCACGGUCUUCGUAUCCCAUCAGUGGCUCGGAAUAGAUCAUCCGGACCGGCUUGGGUUUCAGUUCCAGAAGUUUCAGCAAGCGGUUCGUGGCCUGUUGGAAGGCAAGCUCUUGCUAUCUUCAGACUUGGCCAGCUAUUUCAUCGGCACGAGGCGGAGCGGACUGAGCCGGCGAGAGCUUGCCCGACUUCAAAACGCUUACAUUUGGCUGGACUGGUUUUCAAUUCCCCAGAGCUGGGGC